GGAGCGGCUGCUGAGGCCGCUGGUGGGAGCGGGAGGGCCCUCGGGAAAGGGAAGAGCUGCCCUUCCUCCCUUCCUGCCUCGGCACUGGUGGUGUCCCCGCCUCCCGCCAUUACGGUGGCGGGUGGAGGAGCCCAAGGACUGCCUCUGCUGCCCUCCUCCGUGCGGCCAGCCCCCCGCGGCGCGAUUCAGUCCGCGGGACGGAGUAGAGGGGCGCCUCCUCCGCCGCCUCAGCCUGUCUCGCCACGGCGUGGCGCUGGGUGAGGCGUGGCUGCCCGGCUAGGCCGGCGCUUCUGCCCUCAGCCAGCAUCGAAGGCAGAUUUGCCAAAGGCCAAGUUCAACAUUUGUAGCAGAACAAGAAUUGGAAGCCAGAUCACCUGAUUCCUAGCUGGUGCUUUAAUAGCAAGACUGUUCUUGUCCUUCAUACCAGAAGUGCUUGAAAGAGCUCACUGAAUAUGUCUAGCAAAACAUCUGGCACGCCAAACAGUAUAACUCAGGCCAGAAGAACUGUUCAGCAGCUGAGAAUAGAAGCUUCUAUAGAGAGGAUAAAGGUGUCCAAGGCAUCAGCAGAUCUAAUGAGCUACUGUGAGGAGCAUGCCAGGAAGGAUCCUUUACUAACGGGUAUACCUACUUCGGAAAACCCCUUCAAGGAUAAGAAGACCUGUAUUAUCCUAUAGGCAAAGCAGCAAGAUGCCUUCAAAACCCUCCCCCAUGAAACCAACCAAGCAGAUUCUUAAAGAAGUAACCCGAAGGUCACCUGGUACCAGCUACAUAAAACAGCAAUUCAUUUACAUUGCGUAUAAAUGAACUUCUAUGUUUUUAAAAAAGUUUCUUUUCUUAUAGCAUUCUAAGUGGGGAUGCAAGGUUUAUAAAGUUACUUCUUGUAAAAUGGAAUGGUUCUGAGAGCAUAGUUGGUGAUUGGAUUAUGUUGGCAAUUGUGGGAUGAGACAGGGGUGGGGUGGGGUGGAUUGGUUUUUACUUUCAAGUGCAAUGAGUGUUCACAGUUCAAGGUGUUAGGUUGAACAAUCAAGACCAAAGUUGCCUGAGCUUCAUUUGCAGAAUAGUGAGGCAGACAAGCGUAGAGUCCUAAUCAUGCUUACUUUUGCAUAUGAUUUUAUACCAGCAUCUAUUAUUGUGUACGUAAUUGGUGUCUAUAUCUAGGGUGUGUUUGUAUGCUUAGAUAUACACACACAUUCCAAAGUGCAUUCUCUAACAAAAGGCGCCCUUCAAAAUUGACUGCUGCAUUUAUUGAUAAACUUCUACAGUUCAUGCCUUUACCAUCAAGUAUGUCUUAAGCUUUUCAUGUCUUUAAAGCCUGUAGACUUAUGUAUAAGUAUAAAUUCUUAUUCUCAACAUUCUUUUGAAAGGUACAGUUAAUAAUGUUUGCCUAUCUUAUAUUUCCUCUGAAAUUAAACUGUACCAGUAGCACAGCUUCUAAUAACAGGGUCUAAAAGAGAAAUUUCUCAUCCCUUUCCAUUGCCUUCAAGGGAGAAUCUGCCACCUACCAAUUCCUGUAGAGUUCCUGUUGAAUUGGUUUUCAGUAGGCCUCCAGGUUUUUCUUGCUUUGAUUGCUAAAUUCUCAUUUAACAAAUGCCAAAUGAUAUCUGAGACUGGAAGACACUGGGAUCAGUCCACCAAGAUGUUGCUUCUGCACAAGGCCUAUUUAAAGCAGUGCAUGUUGUGCUGGGGAAAUAGUUGGAGACUGCAAUAAUGCUCAGCAGCAAAUCCCUACAAUAUAAACUGUAUUAAAAUAUUUGUGUACACCUCAUGUGUUGAUGGAAUACUGAGAUGGAAGAAACAGUAUUUAAGCCACAUAAAUGUAUUUGUAUUCCCAUUGUUGCUAGCCUCUCAACGCUUUUAAUGUUGUGACCUGCCAUAACGGAUUUACAGAAUUUAAUUUUUGUUUGAUUUAGUCCAGUUAGGAACAUAUAGGGGUGCUCUGAGGAUAGAUGCAUGGGAAGAGCCCUGGUAGGACAGAAUGUAAAGCCAGCAAUGGCAUUUCACCGCAGGGCCCAGAAGCCUUCACUUCCACUUUACUGUGUUAAGACGAGCCAAACCUCUCUUUUCUCACUAAUAAUCAGAUGGAAGGGGGAAGGCGAAAGACUUGGCUUCACUGUGACUACACUUAAGAAAUGACUGCAGAGCUACCAAGCCAAGGUCCCUACCCCACUCAUUGGUGCUCUGUGUAUGAAGUUGAAACUGCAGGAUCGAGGUCUUGUGGGUUUCUGUCUUAAUGCUGCAUAAUUGUAAGCUGCAUAUACAUGGAUGAUCAUAAUAAGGAAGAUUUGUACUUUUUUUCCUUUAACAUUGCUCCAACAAACGAAAUUGACUGGCUGCAAGAAACAAACCAACAACACAGUUUUACUGCUUGCUUUUGCUAUCACUAGGGUUGUGAUAAUUGGAAUAUUUUUCUAAUGGUAGCUUUGGAAACAGAAAACUAUAAACAUGUACAGUGCUGCUGCUUGCCAUAUUCCAGUCAGCCUUUUUCAUAAUGAAUAAAUAUUUGUUAAUGAUAUUAACUCAUUUCACUGCACAUAUCCAGAGAUGAACUCCCCAUUGCAGUCAUUUUGCUUGCCGUUUGAAAUAUAUAGCUAAUGGUGACUUCAUUUAAAGCCAGGAAAGGAUAGUGGAGAAGAUAAUAAUCCUAAACACAUUUACCUAAAACUAGUCCCAUGGAUUUCAGUAGAACAUGCUUCCAAAUUAGCAUAUUUAGGAUCACACUCUGAAAAAGCUGGCUUGGUUUCUCUGUUGAUAGAUUUUGAUCUAUUAUAGUAGCUGUUGAUAUUUUUGUGGUACACUGAAGCAACUUUUCUAAAUCUGAUUCACAGAAUCAUCAUUACAUGGUGAUGACAACAUGGGUUGAUUCUGUAUUUUCUGUAGACUUCUGUCUGGAUCAUGAGUUACCACAAAUAAGAAAUAUGUUGACUUAUUGGAAUGUGGUGACUCCUAUGUGGAAUCUGGACACCUAUUGAACUAUUCUCUAGUUCAUCUUGUAAACACCAAUGAGAAAAAGCAAUAUAUGUUGGCUUUACCAAAUUAAAAAAUGAGUGAUUCACAAUGACCUAAAUGGUAGAGAUGUCCCCAAACCGGUUCAGAGGUCCAUUGUUCGGCUGGUUUGGUGUCAGGGGGGGGCAGGGUUACCUUUAAGGGACUGAGGGUGCUCUUCCCCCCACCUCGCUACAUCUCCCCCCCCCCAGCACUCUUGCCAAAAUUGCUGGCGCAUGGCAGCAGUGUACCUCCUUGUCACACUGAUCAGCAUCAAACCAGAAGUGCAUUUCUGGUUUGACACCUACCAGGCGGCAAGGAGGUACACUGCCACCCCGUGCCAGCAAUCUUGGCGAGAGCACCAGCGGGGUGGGGAGCACUCUCCCGGUCCCUUAGAAGUAACCCCGCCGAACUGUCAGUCAGACGGUUCAUGCACAUCCCUACUAAGUGGUGCUCUGAUGGAAUAUGUAAACCUUAGUGUGUCUGCUUAACAUUUGAAUGGAGUGCCAUAUUUCUGUGGCAUUGGGAUUGGCAUUCCCUCCGUUGGCCUUUCAGUGAGGAUAGCUUAGUCGGGCUCAAACGCCAAGUGGCUGCUCCCACCUUUGGUCUAAUUCCGGCUUGAGAGCUACAGAAAUCUCAUGUGUCUAAAAAUGUGAUACUGGCACCUAAACACAGAAGCUAAUCUAAAUAGCUGCAUUUUUCUCCUGCAGCGCUAGCACAUUCUAUUCAUAAAACUUCACCACCUGUCCUCCAAUUAAUUAGUACUUUGAAUACAUUCUUACUCAUCAGUGCAGUGUUUUUAAAGCUAGUUCUUGAUAAUUUGGAACAGUAUAAAAAUAAGUGUUUUAGUGUUUCCAUUUUUAAAAAUAAAAUAAAAUAUGUCAAAGUAUAUAGAAACAAAGCAUUUUAAGAUAUCACAUACAUUACAUUGUUACCAGCAAAUGCUGGUGUGUGUGCUUUAUUACAGAAUAAACUUGGACAUAUCAUCACCAGUCCACUUCCAUUUACCCUCCACUUCUACCUGAGAUUUGUAGGUCACAUCCGUAACUUUAAGAUCAGAUGACAGAUGACUGACAAACUCUCGUUGCAACCUCUAUAGAAUCCCUUCAGAUUAUUAGGUGCCCAAAUGUGUAAAGCUUUAAUACUUACUGCAUAAACAUUGCAUAUCUAUUGUCAGAGCCAGCAUCAGCACUUGUAACGUAGGACACUGAGAAGGAUCUCAGCUAGACAAGUCUUCUGUGUGUCAGAAAAAGUCCAGGCAGACUAGAGUAAGGAUUACAGGAGAAGUGAGAAAGACGCUCAUGGAGGUUGCAUUGCAACUGUCCAAUGCCCUCUCACUGUUCCCUUCUAUUCUCCCCCCCACCGCCCCCGCAGAGUUUUCUUGAAGUACUUCUGGGAAAGAGGCCUAGAUGAUUGGCCAGUUUCCUGAGUGAGUGAGUGUGUGUUGUGCUUUCCCCUCAUAUCAGUGCUAUUUUAACCUAAAUCUAUUUUAAAACCUUUUUCACAUGUUUGACAUAUUCAUGUGUUGCACCAGGACAAAAUGGGUUGGAUCCAAAGAUGCCCUUCUGCUCACGGAAGGGCAGUUUUUACACCUUAUGCUUCAGUGUUUUCCAAGAGAAGUGAAACUAAGUCCAAAGAUGAUGAUGAUUAGCAAGCAGAACUUACAAACUGCUAUAGAACCCAUCUAAUAGAGCACUCUGUUCUGCUAGUGCUUGCAGACCAGCACUAACAGCUAUUUUACUUCCGUUCAUGGUGCUUUGGAUCCAAACCAAUAUUUUCACCAGCAGUGCUUUAUAUCUUUAUUACACAUAUGUAUUUUAUUAACUGAAGGAAAGUAUUGAAAAUACUGUGUUUUAAACUGCAGGGACAUAAUCAAAAUAAUGUAAAACCUGUGCCAACUUUGCAUUCAGAAAUGCCUUUGACCUUUACUCUAAAAUAUGGGUUGAAAACCUAGCCCCUUUUAAAGUCCAGUUUCUUUACUGACUGAAGUAUAGUAGUUUUCAGUCACAACAGCUGUAAAUCAAACUGCAAAAUGCUACUAGCUGUUUAGGGUUAUCUCUGUUCAGUCAGGUUUUAGGAAACCGCUAGAGGUAUUGUCACUUUUUCCCUGCCUUCCAUAAUGUAUUGUCAUCUAGAAGAGUUGAUACAUGCAAACUUUGCUCUUUUGGGGUACAAAACACAAACAAAUCCAUUCAUUUCAAUGGGACUUGCAUGGGUCUCCCAUAGAAAUGAAUAAACAUUAUGCAGCAGUGGUGCUUGCACCCCAUAGAAUUAAAUGGGGAAAUCACACUAUCCAAAAUAAUAGCUGUUAGACCACUGUGAGGUUUUCAAGUAUGAUGCUUAGCAAGAUCUUUCAGUAAUUGUACCACUACACUUCAUCUUGGUGCUUUGAUUAGAAAUGCCUCGGAAGUAAAAUAUUACUCCAGAAAAUGCUUACUGUUCAUUUUUCAUCUUUUUGUUUUAAAAAUCAUAACCUGCUUAUUACCAGCACACUUCUUUCUCUGGGUUUUUCUUUAAAUUGCAUUCACAAACUUUUUUUUUGUAUAAUUGUUGUAAUCCUAGCUUGACAAGAAGAAUACCAUGAUUUGCCUUUGAGAAAAAUGGAUUUGUGAAAUUUAUUUUAAUAGAGCUAACCUGUUUUUGCCUUUCAUAAGCAAUCUGUCUCUUAUUAAAGUGGUAUACAUUGUCCUUUAUUGAAAUAUGGAUUCUUGUUGCCGUGAGAGGGGCAAAAAAUCCUGUAAUUAAGAUUCCAGUUCACAGCUAAUAUAUUUAGUAUCAUGGAUAUGAAACACUUUAAUUAAAUAUUACUUCUUUUCA